AUGGCAGUGCUGAAGGUGAAGUUCACCAAAUCUAAGCGAGACAAGCUGGCCCAAGUGCUCUGGAUCUUGAACUGGGUCUCUGUGGUGACAGGCAUCAUCCUCUUGAGUCUAGGCCUCUUCCUGAAAGUGGAGAUUGCCAAGCGUCAGGAGUUGCUGUCCGAUCGGCAGCUCCAGGUCGUGCCGGACAUGCUGAUCGCCGUGGGGCUCAUAGCCUGCAUCAUCAACUUGCUGGGAGGCAAGAUCUGUCACGACUGCGUGGACACAGCCAAGUACCUGCGCUGGAAGCUACUGAUGUUACCAUACACCAUAUGCACCUUCUUUUUCACCUUCUGCAUCCUGGUGGGGGCACUCAUGUGCUACAACAUGCGUGGCCAGCUGGAGUCGUCGUUGCUGGCCGGGUUGAAUGACGCCAUACGCUACUACAAGGACACGGACACGCCGGGACGCUGCUUUCUCAAGCGCACUGUAGAUGUGCUGCAGAUGCAGUUUCAGUGCUGCGGUAGCGUCGACUUCCGAGACUGGUUCCAAAUUCAAUGGAUCAGUAACCGAUACCUGGAUAUGUCCCACAAGGAAGUUGUGCAACGCCUGAGGAGCAACGUCGAAGGCAAGUACCUGGUAGACGCUGUGCCGUUCAGCUGCUGCAACCCCAGCUCCCCUCGGCCCUGCAUCCAGCAACAGGUGACCAACAGCUCAGCCCACUUCAAUUAUGACUACCAGAGGGAGGAGCUGAACGUGUGGAGGCGGGGCUGCUGCCAGGCCCUGAUGGAGUACUACAGCCAGAUCCUGCAGUCUGUGGGGCUCACAGUGCUUCUCAUCUGGCUCUUUGAGCUCUCAGUACUGACUGGCGUACGGUACCUGCAGACAGCCAUGGAUAACGUGCUGCGCAACGGGGACCUUGACUCGGAGUCUGAUGGCUGGCUCCUGGAGAACAGCUUAGCUGAGACGGCCCGUUCCAACUUCAACAUCAUCAAGAACUUGGGCAAGUGCAAUCGGGUCGAUGCCACGGAUGAUGACGAUCCCAACAUCGACGUUCCCAGAACCUCGCAAGGAGACGCCGGAAACUUGCCGGCAAAACUGAUUCCUGCAACCAGCUAA